GCGCAGUCGGCGGGCCCCAUGCUGCUGAGCGGAGCUCCGCCCGCGGGCUCCGGCCCCGGGCCGCGGGCGCAGGGGGGCGCGGGGGGCGGCCCGGGGGGCUCGCGCCGGGGCGCCGGGGGGCCCGGGGCCGGCCCGGGAGGAGGCGGCAGCGGCGGCGUGGCCAAGUGGCUCCGGGAGCACCUGGGCUUCCGCGGGGGGAGCGGCGGCGGCGGCGGGGGCAAGCCGGCGCCCCCGGAGCCGGACUACCGGCCGCCCGUGCCCGCCCCGGCCGCGCCCCCCGCGCCCCCCCCGGACAUCCUGGCCGCCUACCGGCUGCAGCGGGAGCGGGACUUCGAGGACCCCUACUCCGGAGGGCCGUCCGGCUCCGCUGCCCUGGCCGCCCCGGUAGCCCCCGGCCCCACGCCGCCCCCGCGCCACGGCUCGCCCCCCCACCGCCUGAUUCGGGUCGAGACCCCGGGUCCCCCAGCGCCCCCGCCCGAGGAGCGGACCUCUGGACCCGCGGCCGGCGGCGACAGGUUGGCAAUCCUAGAAGACUAUGCGGACCCGUUUGAUGUCCAGGAGACUGGUGACGGCCUAGUAGGGGCUUCAGGAGCCCCAGAGAAGGUCCCGGAAAACGAUGGCUACAUGGAGCCCUAUGAGGCCCAAAAGAUGAUGGCCGAGAUCCGGGGCUCCAAGGAGACGGCCACUCAGCCCCUGCCUCUGUAUGACACACCCUAUGAGCCAGAAGAGGAGGGGGCCACCCCUGAAGGUGAGGGGGCCCCUUGGCCCCGGGAGUCCCGCCUGCCUGAGGAUGAUGAGAGGCCGCCCGAGGAGUAUGACCAGCCCUGGGAGUGGAAGAAGGAGCGGAUUUCUAAAGCUUUUGCUGUUGACAUUAAGGUCAUCAAAGACCUACCUUGGCCUCCACCGGUGGGACAGCUGGACAGCAGCCCCUCCCUGCCCGACGGGGACAGGGACAUCUCCGGUCCAGCCUCACCCCUCCCCGAGCCCAGCCUGGAGGAUGGCAGCGCCCAGUUUGAAGGAUCUGAGAAGAGCUGCCUGUCACCCGGCCUGGAGGAGAAGGGGCGUCUACCUCCCCGACUCUCUGCAGGGAACCCCAAGUCAGCCAAACCCCUAAGCAUGGAGCCCAGCAGCCCCCUGGGGGAGUGGACAGACCCAGCACUGCCUCUGGAAAACCAGGUCUGGUACCAUGGGGCCAUCAGUCGAACAGAUGCCGAGAACCUGCUCCGGCUGUGCAAAGAGGCCAGCUACCUGGUGCGCAACAGUGAGACCAGCAAGAAUGACUUCUCCCUGUCCCUCAAGAGCAGUCAGGGCUUCAUGCAUAUGAAGCUGUCUCGGACCAAGGAACACAAGUAUGUGCUGGGCCAGAACAGCCCGCCCUUCAGCAGCGUCCCGGAGAUCGUGCACCACUACGCCAGCCGCAAGCUGCCCAUUAAGGGGGCUGAGCACAUGUCCCUGCUCUACCCCGUGGCCAUCCGGACUCUGUAGGUGUGAGGCUUGGGCACUGCGACAGAUCUGGACCCAGUCCUGUGCCCGUCCCCUGGCUGCGGGCUGUGGUCCUUCCCAGGGCCGUGAUCUCCCCCCAAGCCUUUCUUCCCCUCUCCCUGGGAUGGAGUGGAAACUGGAGAUUCCUUAAUUUAUUCGAAAGAGUAAAGGCUAUGGGGCCUUGGAGGAAGCGGAGGUCUGGAGCUGAGGAGAGAAGAACCCCUGGGGAGAAAGGGCAGCCCCUGGAGGAAGGGGGCUUCCAAACCCAGAGUCUCCCCGAAGAGUUUAAGAUCCGCAGCUGCAGGCCCUUUCCGCCUCUGGGGCAGAGGUGGCAACCUACUUCCCCUCCGCCUCUCCCCCCGGGUCAGUACGAGGCGGAGCAGGAUGCAGUCCCGCAGGGCACCCUGACCUCUCCCCCUCCGCCCCCAAACGAUCGGCAGACCCCUGGGGUGGAGGUGGCAUUGGGGCGGGAGAGGCGGGAAAGGGAUCCGGACGGAGGGGACGGAGGGGACGGAGGGAAUUCGUGCGGUCCCCCGGCGGUUCUGGCUCCCGGCCAGAGGCAAUAAAUAAACCCAGUGCUGCCAGGCACUGCCGCGUCUGCGCCUUCCGCGCCGCACCCGGGGCUGACGGGUGGGGAGCGGCGAAGCGAGCACAGAUCCGAUUUUAAAUCAGCUCUGGAGCAGUCACAGGCCGGCUGUGAAAAGCGCUUUGGAAGCAUCAAGUUCCUUCCUUUGAUGAGAUAUCAAAACAUCCCCCACUGCCCCCGCCCCGGCUGGGUGAGGGGGGGCGGGGGCCGGAGCCGGCCGGCCUCGUGGCGCCCCCUCCCCGCCGCGCCGACGAGCCCGGCUUCCAGGAGCGCGUCCAAUUUCCUGCCUACAGCCAUUUGUCUGGAGGAGGGGAGCCGCGGAGAGACAAAGAGGCAGCGCGCCAGGCGGGAGGAGCGGGUGGCCCUGCCACGCGGAAGCCGCGCGCCGCGAGCUGGGAAAGCUGGCACAGCCCACUGCGUUUCCUUUCCAGAGGAAGCGGGCCCUGCCGCCGCCUCCUCCAUUCACUGAAGGAUGGGUUCGCCCCGCGACCUGCUGCCUGCAGGCCUCGGUCCGGAUCUGCCACCCGCUGCUGCUCACGGCCGAGGCCGGCAGGGGGGCCGUCCGCGCGCGCCCUCUGCUGGCCGUGCCCUUAACUGCGGGACCCGGGCGCGGGAUCACACCAGCCGGUGGCCCCCAAUGCGCCCCUGCUGCAAACCGCCGAGGCUUGUGGGCCCAGCUCCCGGCUAUACCCUUGGGCCACCAGGCAGGGCUGCUGUCAAGCUACUCCAGGCCUGCCCUCCUGCUCCCCUGGGCAGGCUGAACAAAAACUCUACGAGGGGCUGAACACACACCCUGGCGAUGGCUGCCUUGGGAGGACAGUCUGAAGACCUCCAGAACCUAUAUCUGCAGUUCCAAAGUGUGAUGUGAAUCAUGAGAUUUUGGAUGUUCUAA